AUGGCCACCGAAGAUGCGGCUAGGAAUGUCGAAGCUGAAGAACGGCAAACGAAAACCCCAACGGACACGACGCAGGGGGGAAAGCGUCAGUCAUGCAGCGACGCAGAGAAGUUCCUUCCGGCAUCAGAUUGGGUCACCUUAUCAGUACGAAGAGGUCACUAUCGACCGCUACAGCCGGGUCGGUUGAGGAACAGCUUGCUUGCCGGAGUCGGAUUUCUGGAGCUGGGAAAUGCAGGGGACUUUGCUGCCAAUGUCUGGAACGAAAUUCCGGUGAAGAAAUGGGUCGCCGCUCUCAUGGCUAUUGGAGCAACAAUGGCUCUGGUAACGUCUCUUUUCGCUUUUCGAGAUGUCACACUCAGCUGGCGCAACAUACAGGCGUUGAGGGCGGAGAGAAUGUACUUGAAGCGAGAAAGGGCGCGAUGCGGCCACAACAAGGCCAGGUUGCGCAGUGUGGACGCCAUGCUGGGCGUCAACUUCCGUGAAAGUGGCACCGAGCUGCUGGACCGCCUCAUCGUGGACGCACUGUUAGGCUUCGGUGCCUUUCUAGUCAGCAUCGGAACCUAUAUGGCCAUUGGAGGUGCAAACCAUUCCGUGUUCGAGGCCAGCAAUCUGCUCUCGGGUUACAUUGGCAAUGCAGCAGGAGCAAUCUACGGUCUCCUCAACGCCGGGUGGUCCACUUAUGUUUCAAUACGAGCAUAUCAUCACCGCUCUGCCGGGCUUGCCAAAUUGGAAUCAGAUCUGGCCAAACGAUUGCUGCGACACCGCACACACAGAGUACAGACUCACGCGUUGGUGCUUGCGGUGAGUGGCCUUUCCGCCGGGGCCGGAGGUCUCAUUACUGCCACGAUGUGGUGGGGCUAUCUCAUCCUCGUCCCCUGCAUUGUCUCUAACAUCUACUGCAAUUGGAUGUGGCGGCACCAGAUCGGGUAUGAGCGACCCCUUGCUGGCAAGAUUGUCCAAAUCGACCAACAGUCACUAGUCAAAGAGCUGGAAUACGUUGACGCUGUGGGCAGUUACCUGGGGAAACUGGCACCUUCGAAAUCUCCCAAAGAUGACGUGGUUUUCGAUACCACAUCGAUCGUCUCGAUCAUCCAGUUCAUGCUAUCCAUCGAUAUCUUCGAGAGCUUCUGCGUCCGAGCCAUGCAGGAGUGGCAGUUGUCUGCAGCUCUUUUGAAAGCAUCGCAAGGAAGUCUGACGAUCAGCGAGCAGACAUUUCUGGACCUGGACCAGAAGCAUCUGCCCUUAGUAUUGGCGAUCGCAGAGACACAUAUCAGCAGGAGGGGCCCAGUACAGCUACGGUAUCGGGAGAGAUACCUGCUGGAAACUCUGGGGUGUUACUUGCAGGUACAAGACGACACAGUUGUUAGCACAGAGCUAGAUUCUCCCCUUUCGAAAGAACCAGUAUAA